UUCAAGUUCUGCAGAAUCAGGUCCGGUUUUCCAGUCGCUCCGACUCGGUUUGUGUGAACAGAAGGAGAAGCAAAGAUCUGAUCAGGCUGCAGGUGGUUCAGUUGUUGGAAGCUGAUCAAGCUGUAAAGAAGCAACAGCGCCCUCUGGAGGAACAACAAUCUAAUGACAUCAGAACCUGGUGGAUCAAAGCAUCAGAAAUCCACUUCCUGUGGUUCUUGAUUCGUCAUAUUCAGCUUGUUGAUCUUGAGAUAAAAUAUGGCGCAGCAGCAGGAAGUCCAGCAGGAUUUUGAGGAAAAACUUUUCAAGUUUCGUUCUGAGUUUGUGGAGAAAGUUUCUGAGGAAAUCCUGAUUCAGCUCCUCGAUGACCUUGAGACAGAUCGUGUCCUUAUUCGUUUGGAGAAGCAGGCGAUACUUCGAGGGAACCCAAUCACAACAGACAAAGCUUGUAGCACCAUUGAUGCUGUGAGGAUGAAAGGACAGAGAGCCUGUGAAAUAAUGAUCAAACGUCUUCAACUCAGAGAUCCGACUCUGUCCAAUCAUCUGAGUUUGUCCUCCUUGUCCCCUUCUAAAGAAGUCCAGAAGAUGGAAUAUUGGCAUCGAAAGAAGGACAGAGCAGAACCUCCAGGAUCCAUCAGUCCAUCUAUAAGGAGAGACCGGUCCAAAUAUGAUCCUCUAAACUUCAGUAAUGAACCUGGACCAUCUGAUAGAAAGGUGAACCCCAGCUCUCGCCUGAUUACUGCUGAACACCAGUCCCUCCAUGACCCUGCAAAGAUAAGAAGUGAUGGACGACGGAAGGAUGGAUGGAGGAAAGAUGUUCCUGGAUGCAUAGAGAGGAGCAGCUGUGCUCCAGAGGAAAAACUUUUCAAGGUCCGCAGUGAGUUUGUGGAGAAAGUUUCUGAGGAAAUCCUGAAACGGCUCCUUGAUGACCUUCUAUCAGAUGGCGUCUUUAAUCAUUCAGAGAUUGAAAGUAUACUGCAGAAGAACCCAAUCAGAGCAGACAAGGCCCGCGAAACCAUAGAUGCUGUGAUGAAGAAAGGACAGAGAGCCUGCAGAUUGAUGAUCAAACGUCUUCAUCACAGAGAUCCGACUCUGUCCAACCAGCUGGGUUUGUCCUCUGACUCCUCUGGUCCAGAUUUUGAUAUUCGGUGUCAGAGUGACCUUAAAGCGUCUCUGAAGAAGAAGUUCCAGAGUCUCUCUGAAGGCGUCGCUGAACCUGGAAAUCAAACCGUUCUGAACCAGGUCUACACAGAGCUCUACAUCACAGAGGGGUUAACUAGAGAGGUCAACCAGGAACAUGAGGUCAGACACAUUGAAACAGCAUCCAGGAAACAAGAAACAACAAUCAGAAGAGAAGACAUCUUUAAAGUCCCACCUGGAAGAGAUCAACCAAUCAGAACAGUGAUGACCAUGGGAGUGGCUGGCAUUGGGAAAACACUGUUAACACAGAAGUUCACUCUGGACUGGGCUGAAGGCAAAACCAACCAGAACAUUGAUUUCAUAUUUCCAUUCACUUUCAAAGAGCUGAAUUUGCUGAAAGAAAAAAAGGUCAGCUUGGUGGAACUGAUUCAUAGCUUCUUCACUAAAACCAAAGAAAUCAGCAGCUUUGAACAGUUCCAGGUUCUGUUCAUCUUUGAUGGUCUGGAUGAAAGUCGACUUGGUCUGGACUUCAACAACAAUCCGAUCCUGACUGAUGUUACAGAGUCCAGCUCAGUGGAUGUUCUGGUGACAAACCUCAUCAGGGGGAAACUGCUUCCCUCUGCUCUCCUCUGGAUAACCACACGACCUGCAGCAGCCAAUCAGAUCCCUGCUCAGUGUGUUGACAUGGUGACAGAGGUCAGAGGGUUCACUGACCCCCAGAAGGAGAAGUACUUCAGGAAAAGAUUCAGAGAUGAUGAAGAGAAGGCCAGCAGGAUCAUCUCCCACAUCCAGAAAUCAAAAAGUCUCCACAUCAUGUGUCACAUCCCAGUUUUCUGCUGGAUCACUGCUAAAGUUCUGGAGAAUAUGAUGAAGACCAGAGAGGGAGGAGAGCUGCCCAAGACUCUGACUGAGAUGUACAUAGAGUUCCUGGAGGUUCAACUCACAAUCAAGGAGGAAAAGUAUUUUGGAAAAGCUGAAGAAGAUCCAGAGAACAAGAAGCUGAUUGAGUCUCUAGGAAAACUGGCUUUUGAGCAGCUGCUGGAGGGAAACCUGAUCUUCUAUGACGAAGAGCUCAAAAAGUGCGGCAUCAACAUCAAAGAUGCUGCGUUGUCCUCAGGAGUGUUCACUGAAAUGUUUAAAAAGGAGAGAGGGACACGCAACAUCUCCGUCUACUCCUUUGUUCAUCUGAGCAUCCAGGAGUUUCUGGCUGCAGUCUACAUGCUCCACUGUUUCACCAGCAGGAAGUCAGAGGUGAUCAAGACGUUUCUGGGAGAAGAAUACAGAGAAACAUCUCUAGAUGAGUUCAUGAAGAAAGUCAUGGAGAAAUCCCUCAGCAGUAAAAAUGGCCACCUGGACCUGUUUGUCCGCUUCCUUCAUGGUCUCACUGUGGAGUCCAACCAGAGCCUCUUAGGAGGCCUGCUGGGUCAGACAGAGAACAGUCCAGAAACCAUCCAGAGAAUCAUCACCAACCUGAAGAAGAUGAACUCUGAUAGAAUCUCUCCUGCCAGAAGCAUCAACAUCUUCUACUGUCUGGUGGAGAUGAACGACGUCUCAUUUUAUCAGGAGAUCCAACGGCUGCUGGAUUCAGGGAAGGAGCUCUCAGUGACUGACUGUUCAGCUCUGGCCUUCAUGCUGCAGGUAUCAGAGGUUCUGGAUGAGUUGGACCUGAAGAAGUACAACACAUCAGAAUCAGGACGACGGAGACUGCUUCCAGCUGUGAGGAACUGCAGAAAGGCUCGACUUGGUGGCUGUUUGAUCCAAAUAGCUGAAUGUGAAGUUUUGGCCUCGGCUCUGAAGUCCAACCCAGAUCUGAGUGAACUGGAAAUAAGUGACAUCAUACUGGGAACACUGGGACGUGAAACCUUUGGAGACUCUGAUCUGAAGCCUCUGGUUGAGAUCCUGGAGAGUUCAGUCAGUAAAGUGAAGAAACUGAGAUUGGAGUUCUGCAUUUUGUCAGAGACCAGCUGGACGUCUCUGUUCUCAGCUCUGAAGUCCAACCCGACCCAUCUGACAGAACUGGACCUGUUCAGAACCAACCUGGAAGAUUCUGGAGUGAAGGAGCUCUGUGGUUUUCUACAGACUGAAGGCUGCAGACUGGAGAUAUUGAGAUUGUUUGGCUGCAGUUUGUCAGAGACCAGCUGGACUUCUCUGUUCUCAGCUCUGAAGUCCAACCCGACCCAUCUGACAGAACUGGAGCUGAUCUGGACCAACCUGGGAGAUUCUGGAGUGAAGGAGCUCUGUGGUUUUCUACAGACUGAAGGCUGCAGACUGGAGAAAUUGAGAUUGUGGAGCUGCAGUUUGUCAAAGAUCAGCUGUGAUUAUUUGACCUCAACUCUGAAGUCCAACCCGACCCGUCUGACAGAACUGGACCUGGGAGGAAACAAACUGAUGGAUUCAGAUGUUGAGCAGCUGAAGGAUCUUGUAAAGAAAGUAAAGUUCUGAUCUCUGUAAAGUAGAAAAUGGUCUCUGUGUCCUGCUGAUCCUCAGAG